GGCAUUCGGAGUAUUGACGAAAAAUGCAAAAGAAAGCGAACAAAAUGUAGACAAUAAUAGCUAAUGGAAUGUGUAUUCAAGCACGGCCACCAUAACAGGUGAUUUUAGAUAUAACAGAUGUCGGACCACCGAGCCUCAGAUGACGCGAAAAGAUAUAAAAAAGACAUACGAGCGGUUGCACGAGAGUGCAGUCAUGCACGCCUUAGCAGCACCUUGCGUCUCGCGAGUCGCCUUCGAAAUCCGCAGAGACGACCCGCUGCAACGCGUUUACUAAUAGCGUGACUAAUAGGGUCGUAAUUGUGCGACAUGCGUGUGCGAUACAAAUUAGGUGAAAUAUCGAGUAUGUCUAAUGCACUUUACGCGCACAAGUGCGCAUAAGUGCAGGCAUGCGUCAUAUUAAGUAGCGAAAAUAUAGCGCCGGCACCAGCGAGCGACUUUCAGUCUAAGCGCGGUUAGCGAACGUGUUAAAUCGCACGUUUACUGUUACGAUCGUAAACGCGGCGCGGGAAAUUCAGCGAUCGCUCGCGGACAGCGGCGCGGCGGACGUUUCCCGGAUGCUCUCGCUCACACGGCUCCUAAUUUACGAGGGUUUCCCGAAAUGAAUAAAACCGGCCAGAGCCUGCUCGACACGCGGUGACCCGGCAUUUUUGCCGGGUCACGCACCCGAGCAGCGAGGCUCGCGUGCGGCGAGAUAAAUCGCCGAAUGUUAAUUGAAAUGAAUUAAUCGCGAUUAGGAGAGUUGCCCGGGAUUUUUUUCCUGUCAACCACCACGUGCUGCGCCUCCCGGCAACGGCAGCUUUGCCGCCGAAGGAGGAGGAGGAGGAGGAGGAGGAGGAGAAGGAAGACCCAGCUGCGCGCGUGAAGAUUUAUAAUCGGCGCUCGAUACCGGAACCACCACCUUGCGCUGGCGGUGAGGCGAGAUUCUCUCACGCUUCCUCGCUCGAAAUUCGCGUAAUCGACCGGCUAUCGGCUACCGGUCGCCGUUGACUGGUAGCCACCGACUACCGAUCGGCAGUAUCUACUACACCUACGAUCCUGCUCCUUGGUGUCCGUAUGUAAAGUGGAACUCCCGUGCGACCGUCCAGUAAUCCACGCCUGCUCGACGACAUUCCGGAUCGGUCUAUUAGUCGCGUGACGCAAUACGAUUAAUUCACCGUGGAGACGACAAACAAAAACAAGUUUCCAUCGAGUGCAUGGUCGAUGAGAAGCGGACGGAAAGAUUCCAGUCGAUAUCAUGGAGGGACUCAGCGAAGCCGACAGAGCUGUCUUGACGAGCAUUUUCGAUCCUCUUCAGCCGCUCGGCUUGUCCGACUUUCCGGAGGAACUUGAGACGACGGGUGCUCUCGAGGAAGACCACUUGGGACCGCAAGUGCUGGACAUCGUGAAGAGGGCGAUAGUCUGCGCGGAAGCGAAGAACUUCGACGAGUCUUUUCGACUGUUCGACGAAGCCUUGAAGGAGGCACCCAAGUCGCCGGCGAUCUUGAACGACAGGGCGCAAGCGUUUCGUUUGGCAAAUCGGCACGAAGAAGCCUUGAAGGACCUGCACCUGGCGGUGGAACUGAGCGAAGGGAAAGGAAAGGUCGGAGUCCAGGCGCUCUGUCAGCGCGGUGCCCUUUAUCGCUGGAUGGAGCAGGAGGAAAAGGCGAAGGAGGACUUCGUCCGAGCGGCCAAGGCCGGCUCGAGCUUCGCCAGGUCGCAAUUGGUCGCCCUGAACCCGUACGCGGCUAUGUGCAACGCGAUGCUGCGCGAGAUCAUCUGCAAGGCCAGCUAUCCAUGAUGACGCGAUGUCAGCAUGCAUUUUACGUUAACGAUUAUUCUAUCUAUAGAUAACGCUUUAUUUUAUUCUCUAUUUCGAAAUACAAGUAAAAUCAUGGGGGGGGGGAAGGGGGGGCUGUGGCAUAUUCACAUCGGCACGAAAGAUGUUCGUACGUUAUGUCGUCGAAUUAAAAUAAAAAUAACGCUAAGUAUUAUUUGGAAAUUACACGUAAUAUAAAUUACAAUCUGUCAUAUUAAACAUCGGAGAAUAAACUCCUUCGUAAGGUUGGA